CAGCAUCUUUCACUUCUCUGUUCAUUUUGAUUCUGGUGUCUCACAAGUGUGUUUUCUCUUUCCAGAAUAUCCUUUAAGUAUGCUGGCAGAAAUGGAGACGAUGGCUUAUGUGACUGAGAUCAGACUGAGCGGAGGUCGGGGGGCCUGGAGCGGAGUGGCUCCCUCCUCCUGCCCUGAGGUGGACCUGGAGGUCAUCGAGGAGUACCUGCAGGAGCACUCGCUGGAGGUCCAGCAUGCACACACACCGUCAUCACCUCCGACCACCAUGGGGCAACAAACACACACACACUCCCACCAAGGCACCAGGAUCAUAGAGAACAGCUGGUCAGGCCAGCAUCCGUAUGAGUGGCACUGUGGCUCUCACACUCCUAACGAGGAAUAUGAAGAGCAAGCCCUGCCUUCAGCCUGGCCUGGCCCCCAUGACAACCAAUGGAACCACAUUGCGUAUUACGAGGCACCUGCAUACAUUGACUCAGACUCGCUGUCCAGUAGCUCCCAGUACCAGGAAUACCAAGAUUCCCCAUCACCAUCAUCUGACAGGGGAUGCAGGAAGGACAGAGACUCCCUGCCUCUUGUCCCACUUUCAGGAAAGAGGAAGGAGCGGUUGUUCCAGUUCCUGUUCGAGAUGCUCCAGACUCCAUCGAUGCGGAGCUGCAUCUGGUGGGUCCAAUCCUCUUCUGGAACGUUCCAGUUCUCUUCCCAAAACAAGGAGCGCCUGGCGCAGCUGUGGGGCCGGCGAAAAGGUAAUCGCAAGACCAUGACCUACCAGAAGAUGGCACGGGCGCUGAGGAACUAUAACCGCAGUGGCGAGAUUCAGAAGGUGAAGCGAAAGCUCACCUACCGGUUCGAUGAGAAGACGCUGAGAGGCUUACAAGGAGACUCUAAUACAGUGUAGAAAGCAUGAUGAAGAGUGUACAUCAGCAAAGAAACAGACUAAGCACAAUGGAUAUUUAGAUGUUUGUCCCAUUAAUGUCCUAUCUGUUGAUUCCAAUUCCAUGGCAUGUAGAAAACAAAUGAAUACUGAGUAUUUGAAAAGCCAGAAGAUUAAAACACUGUAGGUCAGACUGGCAUUCAAAAUUAUGUAAAUCUAAAAGGUUAUCACAUAAUAUCUACUUUAUAAGUAGAAUUUAUUUUGUUCUUAAAAUAACAGGUGUGGUUUUCUUUUUUUGUGAUUCUGUAUUGCAGAUAUGAAGCAGAUACGAGACCAUUUUAAAGACUUAAUUAGGUUGUGUGAACAAGCUCUG